UCCGGGAGCGUGGUUGAGGGAGGAGCGGCUGCGGCGCGGUAGUGAGGGAGCGGUGCGGGGUCCUGGUUGCUACUGAGGUGGGGAGAAGGGUCCGGCGGGCUGGGAGGGACUGGGAGGACUGUCCAGGCUGAGCCUGGCUUCAGGAAGUGGGGCUGCGCGGCGGGAGGGCCCAGCUGCUGGGGAAGGACUCCAACGUAACCAUUCCCGUGGGGAAGGGAGCCAGUCCCUGACUCGGGCUCUUCCGCUCUUUGCUGUAACUUUGGGGUGUGGCAGGGGUUAGUGACUGGCAUUUACACGGGAUCUGGACGUGCAGGUGGUUGGUGGCCAAGAUGGGGUUAUAGUCUUCCUCGCGGCCACUGGGGUAAUAAAACACAUGUCUGUAAUCCGGAUUAUCCGCGGUGAUUUGGGGCCUCCUCUACUGCCCAUGUAAGUUAAAGGCCUGUUCCUUCAAACUUCCUCCUUUCACCUUGCUCUGCAGUCUGUUUGCCAGCCAGGCCCAGCCAGGGAGGGGGCCAGGGCCACGAGGUUCCUGGUAAUGUUGAAAGACUGAGUUGGUGUAAGACUGUUAAAGUGAGUGUGUAAGAGAAGGAGAAGGAUUUUGCGGAUUGCUACAGUGUGAGUGUGGGGUAAGUCCCAGAGCCUCACCAUGUCAGGGAAACGGAAGCGUGUGGUGUUGACUAUUAAAGAUAAGCUUGACAUAAUAAAGAAACUUGAGGAUGGAGAUUCUUCGAAACAACUGGCAGUGAUUUAUGGAAUUGGUGAAACAACAGUUCGGGAUAUAAGGAAAAAUAAGGAAAAGAUUAUAACUUAUGCGAGCAGUUCUGAUUCCACAAGUCUUCUGGCCAAGAGGAAAUCUAUGAAGCCAUCCAUGUAUGAGGAACUGGACAGAGCUAUGUUGGAAUGGUUCAACCAGCAAAGAGCAAAAGGGAAUCCCAUAUCUGGACCCAUUUGUGCAAAAAGAGCAGAGUUCUUCUUUUAUGCUUUGGGUAUGGAUGGUGAUUUUAACCCCUCUGCUGGUUGGUUAACUCGUUUUAAGCAGCGGCAUAGCAUUAGAGAGAUUAACAUUAGAAAUGAAAGAUUAAAUGGAGAUGAGACUGCUGUGGAAGAUUUUUGUAACAAUUUUCGAGAUUUUAUUGAACGAGAGAAUUUGCAACCUGAACAAAUCUACAAUGCAGAUGAAACUGGACUCUUUUGGAAGUGUCUGCCUUCCAGGACUUCAGUAAUCAAAGGUAAAUGCACUGUCCCUGGGCACAAAUCAGUUGAAAGAAUCACUAUCAUGUGUUGUGCCAAUGCAACAGGUUUACACAAACUUAAACUUUGUGUUGUGGGGAAAGCAAAGAAACCUCGCUCCUUCAAGUCAACUGACACCCUAAACCUGCCUGUCUCUUAUUUCAGCCAAAAGGGUGCGUGGAUGGAUCUUUCCAUUUUCCGACAAUGGUUUAACAAGAUUUUUGUGCCACAAGUUCGGGAGUACUUAAGAUCCAAAGGCUUGCAGGAAAAGGCUGUGCUCUUGUUGGAUAAUUCACCAACGCAUCCAAAUGAAAAUGUCCUGAGGUCAGAUGAUGGCCAAAUAUUUGCUAAAUAUUUACCACCUAAUGUGGCUUCCUUGAUUCAGCCCUCGGAUCAGGGAGUCAUAGCAAUGAUGAAGAGAAACUAUCGUGCGGGUCUUCUCCAAAACAACUUGGAAGAAGGUAAUGACUUGAAAUCAUUCUGGAAGAAACUAACUCUACUGGAUGCACUUUAUGAGAUAGCAAUGGCAUGGAACUUAGUAAAACCGGUUACGAUUAGCAGAGCAUGGAAGAAGAUUCUCCCUAUGAUAGAGGAGAAAGAAGGCUUGGACUUUGAUGAAGAAGAUAUUUCUGUGGCUACUGUGGCCACCAUUUUACAACACACCAAAGGAUUGGAAAAUGUUACUAUUGAGAACAUUGAAAAAUGGCUUGAAGUAGACAGUACUGAACCAGGCUAUGAAGUGUUAACUGACAGCGAAAUCAUCAGAAGAGCACAAGGCCAGACAGAUGAAUCUAGUGAAAAUGAGGAGGAGGAAAUAGAACUGAUUCCAGAGAAACAUAUUAAUCAUGCAGCUGCUCUCCAGUGGACUGAAAAUUUAUUGGAUUAUCUAGAACAACAAGGUGAUAUGAUUUUACCUGAUAGACUGGUAAUACGUAAACUUCGAGCCACCAUCAGAAAUAAACAGAAGAUGACAAACUCAAGUCAAUAAUGGCAUUUCAAUUUUAUCAUUGUUCUGGUGAUUGUGUUUGUGACACUUAACCUCUUUGCAAUAUGGCUUAAUUUUUUUUAUGUCAUGAGUUCUCACAUCCUGUGAAAUACAGAUAGAAAAAUUAAUCUAAAGUGGUUUAAGGAUUAUGUGUUUUCAUCAUCUGUGUCUCCUGUCCCUUUGUGCAGAUAAUCAGAAGCUGACUCUGUAUAGAUAUAAAUUAUGUGUACACAUGUAUUCAAUUUUGUAAAUCUGCAAUUAUCCAUUCUGCAACAGUGGCAUUUCCUGAAUUUUCUAGCCAAAGUUAGAGUUAACAGUGAACAGUUUGAGCACUUUCCAAAAAUCUUUUGCUUGAUUUAUGAGGGCCGCCAUAAUAAUCUUUUCUUGUGCUAACCAUCUUAAAUGAUUGUUUUUGUAUAUUUGUGUAGGAUGACAGGAUAAGAAAGAUCUAUAUUGUUAGAUUUCAGAAUGAUCUAAAUUCAAAAAUGAAAUCCAGUAAUGAUAGGGGAAUAAUGAUCUAUGAGUUAUGAAAAUAAUUUAGAAACAUACUUCUCUUACAUUUGUGUGGGUUGCAAGAGGAGGAAAUUAUUCCGGAAAUGAAAUAAAUAUAGGAAGUGAUUGCUGAAUGAAAGAAACUAUUGGAAAAGUGAGAUAUAUAUAUAUAUAUAUAUAUAUCUAUCUAUGGCGUUCUGAUGAAUUCAUUUGUAGGAAACGGAAUUAAAAAUUUGGGGAACUUUAGGGGAACAAAGGAGAUAGGCUUGUUUUAAUUUGCUCUUUUUAUUAUGAAUUGAGUAAUAGUAUAGAUUUAUUAUUUAUUCAUCUAAUUAUAGUACAGGUUUUGUAAUAUUACGUGUGAUACAAGCUCCUACCUGAUAUUUGCGAGAACAUCUUGAGAAUUUGAAAUUUGAUGUAUUUUUUUUUUAGUUUUUUUGUUUGUUAGUUUUUUACUGCAUUCUAUUGUCUAUAACUUCAAAAAUUUUGUCAUACCUAGCCCUUUUAUUUGAUAAGAAAAUAAGAAGGAAUGAGAAGAAUAGAGAUUUUAUUUUAAAUAUCAUAUGUUUGUAUCCUGUUUAAUGAAGAAAGCAGAAAUAAUUAUGGAAAGUACCAGGUACUAAGAAAUUUCAUUGUUUAUUAUUUUGACACUUAUAAAAAGGGAUUAUUUUAUCUAAAAUUUAAUCUGAGUCAGAAUUUUGAUAAAUUUUCUUAACAAAAUUUAUUUGACAUUGAAAAGACUGCAUAUAUUAAUAUUAAUUUAUUUUGCAAUUUAAAAGUGAAGUGUUUCCAUAAUAUUUCAUCUUUUGGCCCAAAAUUAAAAAAAAAAAAUUAGAAUUAUUCUCCAUCAUUUUUAAAAGGUUUAACUUUUUCAUUGAAAUAUUUAAUAUUUUAUAGUGCCUUUCUUAGAAUUAUAAAACUUUAAAAAGAUUUAUAGCUUUCCAUAAAUUCUGUUAUCUUCAUAAUAUAUAGAUACAUAUAUGUCUAGAUUUUUGAGAAAACUUGUGAUAAAAGUGUUUAAAAAUUGUGUUCAUUGUGUAAAUUGCCUCACUAUAGACUGGGGAAAAAGCAUCUGAAGUUAACAUACAUAUUGAAUCAGAUAAUUACACAUCCUACUAUAAAAACUAUAAAUUAAAUUGUAUAUAGAAGGAUUUUUCUAUAUACAUAGUGAAAAUAUGUACCAAGGCUUGGAAUUUCUGUCUGGAUUUGCUCACUGUUUUUAAAAUUAAUGAUGUCAGUGAAAUGCAGCUGUAUCAUUGCCACCUAGUGGUAAAAAUCAACAUUACUGUUAAGCUGUGUGGUUUUAAAUUUUAAUAUCUAGUAAAAAAAGUUUCACUGUU